AUCGCAGCUGCAGCAGUCCGUCCACCCAGCGGCGUCCCGCGGCUCCUCUGACCGCCGCGGCGUCUUCCGUCCCGGUCCGGAGCUGGAGCUUCACACCGCGGAUCCCCGGCACCGUCUGGCCGCGGAUCAGCCUCCCUGGAGCCGCUCUCUAUUGUCCCCGGAGGCCCCGCCCACCGAGCCCAAACAACCAAUCAGAGUGGAGAGCGGCGGGGCGCCAGGAACAGCGGGGCGCCUUAAUGACGGCGGGAAUUUAUACUUUCAGAUUCGUAGGUGUCUUUAAAAGGAGGCAUGACAAAAAGACGAAUCAUAACUUUCGCAGAACAUCCGAAGCUCUGGGCAAGCAGGUAAUUUCCGAAAGACCGGCUCUAAGUUCCCAGGUUCUAUCCACUCUUUUUGAUCGCGCAUACUCUGAAGAUGCAGACAGCGUCUUAGAAUCAGAGUUUGUAAGCGAUCUUGCAAAUAAUCAGGAGACACACCAGGAUCAUGCAGAAUCAGAGUUUACAAACGAUGUCCAGGAGUAUCCCAGAAAAAACCGCCUUUCACUAAAUAAAAAAAGAAGUGACUCUCAACCGGCUAGGACACUUUCCGUUCCCGCAGGAGUACAGAUCCUGAACGAGAACGAAAUCAUUGACAUUUCAUCUGACUCAGAAAACGAGUCUGAUCUGCAUUCAGCGCAGAGGUCUGAUUCUGCUCGUACCAUUCAUAGAGAAGUGCAGACCGCAGUCCUGAACGAGAACGAAAUCAUUCUCAUUUCAUCUGACUCAGAAAAUGAACCUGACCCACAUUCAGAGCAGAGGUUCGAUUCCGGACCACUGACCCCGCCUCAGUCGCCACAGCAAGAAGAAGUUGCACGAAGGCCAGAACCCGAACAGGGACCAGAACCCGAACAGGGACCAGAACCAUCACCUCAGAGGGCUGCUGAUUCUCCCCGCCUAUCUUUGAGCGCCAGAGAAAUACGAAAGAGGAUUUCAGCAGAAAAUCUGCAAGCAAGAAUUGUUUUGCUGGACGGAUUGAUUAAAGAAUCGUUCCUACUGUUGGAGCAACGUCCUGCACACAAAAGAGGGUUGGGCCGCAACAGAGACAAAGUUAAAAUCCUGCUACGAGCCAUCAGAACAGUGCUGCAUAAUGUUUCCUCUGAUGCAAAGGUGAUUGUGAAAUGAUUCAUGUAUGAUUUCAU